AUGAUGAAGAAGGUAGUUUCAAUGGAGGAGAGGUACUCUCAGUGGAAGUCUAUGGUUCCUGUACUCUACGACUGGAUCGUCACUCACAAGCUCGUCUGGCCUUCUCUUUCUUGCAGAUGGGGUCCUCAACUAGCGCAAGCUACUUACAAGAACCUUCAUCGUCUAUAUCUUUCUGAACAGACUGAUGGCAGUGAUCCCAAUACUCUUGUUAUAGCAAAUUGUGAGGUUGUUAAACCUAGGGUUGCUGCAGCUGAGCAUAUCUCCGAGUUUAAUGAAGAAGCAAGCUCUCCCUUUGUGAAAAAGUACAAAACUAUAAUACACCCUGGCGAGGUGAAUAGAAUCAGGGAACUUCCUCAAAAUAAUAACAUAGUAGCUACCCACACAGAUAGUCCUGAGGUACUAAUUUGGAAUGUUGAAACUCAACCUAAUCGUCGUGCUGAUCUGGGGGCUCCCACUUCCCAUCCAGACCUGGUGUUAACUGGGCAUAACGACAAUGCUGAAUAUGCUCUGGCUAUGUGUCUAAUUGAGCCCUUUGUUCUUUCUGGAGGAAAGGACAAGUGUGUGGUCUUAUGGAGUGUUCAUGAUCAUAUUGCAACUUUAGCGGCAGAAGCAGGAUCCAAUGCUAAACAGGGCUCUGAGGUUGGGGGGAGUAGUAAGAAAGCUGCUGAAAGCCCGUCUAUUGGACCACGGGGCAUCUACAAAGGUCACGCGGACACUGUUGAAGACGUGCAAUUUUGCCCGUCAAGUGCACAGGAGUUCUGUAGUGUAGGUGAUGAUUCCUGCCUCAUACUCUGGGAUGCACGAGUUGGAUCUACUCCAGUUGUCAAGGUCGAGAAGGCGCAUGAUGGAGAUCUUCAUUGUGUUGAUUGGAGUCCUCAUGAUAUAAAUUUUAUUCUGACUGGUUCUGCUGAUAAUACAGUUCGCAUGUUUGAUCGCCGGAAUCUUAACCAUGCCGGAGUUGCGUCUCCUGUUUAUAAAUUUGCAGGUCACGACGCAGCUGUCCUCUGUGUACAGUGGUGUCCUGACAAAUCAUCUGUAUUUGGAAGUGCUGCUGAAGAUGGCAUUUUAAACAUCUGGGACUAUGAUAAGGUUGGUAAAACAUCAGGUUCUACUGGUCCAAAAGUGCCAAAUACUUCAGAUGCUUUAUUCUUUCGACAUGCUGGGCAUAAUAGGGACAGGAUUGAUGACUUCCAGUGGAAUGCAUCUGAUCCAUGGACAAUUGUUAGUGUCUCUCAUGAUUGUGAAGAUAGCCGUGGAGGUGGAACCCUACAGAUGUGGCGGAUGAUUGAUCUAAUAUACCGAUCAGAGGAAGAGGUGCUAGCUGAGCUGGAUAAGUUCCGACUUCAUGGGAAGUAA